AUGUCACGUGUGGUGGACUGGUGGGGUAAUGGUGAUACCAACAUCGAUGAUUUCACAAGCAGUGAUGGCGUUGGUCGGAAAAUUACGUCAGAUGGAGAUAGUGAUGGAAUGGUGGAUUGGUGGUGGUGA